AUGGGAUUGAAAGAGCGCGAGAAACAGCUGAAUGUUAUCCACUUGGUUGUUGUGCACAUCACUUUGUCGAUCCCAGCUCGGAUAUUUCCCAUAUAUUUUCCGUUUGGUAACAUGGCAACUGGUUUUUUCAUCAUCUUCUCACUCAUAGCUGGUGUUGUGGGCUUCAUCACCUCAGUUACUGGAAUCACCAAUAUAAUCCAGUCGAAUCUCUCCAACUUACAUGCAGCUGCUGCCUCUUCCCUCAUUACUUGGUCACUCACACUACUUGCCAUGGGAGAAAAGGAUCACUGGAGGAAGUCUCAUAACCACGAUGGGUCUAACGUUCUGGUGAAAUCAAAUCCUACCAAGACCCAAAAGAAACCCAAAAAGACCCUAGUCAUAAAGCAUGCAAAACUAACAUCAGGCUACGAAAAAGUGAGGCGGGUUUUCUGGGGUUUUGGCUUUGGAGAAUUCUUCAUUCAUGAAAUCAUGAGGAGUCUAGAGACCUUGAUGAUAAUUCUGAGCGGGACACAGUUAUUUUGCAUGGGAACUAUCCAUGUUGGCGUUGAAGAUGUCAUUUCGAGGCAAAGGAUCAGAGGAGGAAGAGUUUGA